AUGGGAGCAAUACUGUUCAAACGAGAUGCCGUUGAUGACGGUGUGCCCAACCCCAGAGGUGACACUGUGGUCACCGUUAAUAUCGCGCUGGUGGUUGUUGCAGCUCUUCUGGUCAUUGCACGGUUCUGGACGCGUAUUGCAAUCAAUCAUAUGCUUGGUUCGGACGACUGGUGUGUCUUCGUGGCCCUGCUUAUUGCGAUCACUAUGACCGGGUUGUUCUACGGCGAAACAAAGAAUGGAUUUGGACUCCACCAAGCCACAGUCAGCCAGGAGCAUUUCUUGCAAGCUUGGAAGUACUUCCUGGCCUGCCAAGUGUUAUACAAGGCUGCCGCUCUCUUCGCCAAACUUUCCAUGCUUUUCUUAUACCUACGGAUCUUCUCCUCUCGCAACUUCCGAAUCGCCGCUUAUUUUGUCAUGUUUAUAUGCGUCGGUACGGCCAUUGGGACUAUAGUUCCCACGAUUUUCGCAUGUCACCCUAUCCAGAAGGCCUGGACCCCGACCAUGCCUGGCAAAUGUAUUUGGACACCGGGAAUCUGGUACUCCAGCUCCUCAAUCAACAUAGCCACAGACGUGAUGAUCAUAGCACUACCAAUUGCUCAAAUCCGACCUCUCAAACUACCCAAGGCACAGAAAUUUGGGUUGGCUGUCCUGUUCAGUCUGGGUUUCUUGUAA